UAGAGUUGCAUCAGGGUGAAACGAAAUCACUUAAAAACGAGGGUAACUUUCAUGUUGAGAAUCAUUCGAGUGAGCAUCUUGGACGCAGCAAGAUUCUAAUAGUAAAGAGUUUUAGAUUUAUCGCUACAAAGUGUGUUUGAGUUUCAGUCUUCAAUCAUGGGUUGCUUAAGCAUUGAAAUGCUAUUAGCCGUUGUUAUACUGAUAGCUGGUUCAACCGGUGGUGUGCCGAUGGGUUCGUCUUCAUCUGGGUACGGUGAAUAUUCUUACCAAACGACCACUGCUGCGCCGUACUACACCACUGCUGCGCCGUACUACACCACUGCUGCGCCGUACUACACCACUGCUGCGCCGUACUACACCACUGCUGCGCCGUACUACACCACUGCUGCGCCGUACUACACCACUGCUGCGCCGUACUACACCACUGCUGCGCCGUACUACACCACUGCUGCGCCGUACUACACCACUGCUGCGCCGUCGUACUACACCACUGCUGCGCCGUACUACACCACUGCUGCGCCGUACUACACCACGACGUAUGCGGCCCCCACUUACUACACUGAGGCUCCCAUGUACUAUGGCACAAAGGCUCCUGAAUACUACACCACCACGUAUGCAGCUCCCACUUACUAUAUGGAGGAACCGAAAUACUACUCCGCACCGAGCUAUUACACAGAAGCGCCUGUAUAUUACACGACAACGUAUGCCACUCCAACCUACUACACCGAGGCUCCCUCCUACUAUACCACAAAGGCCCCUGAGUAUUACACCACAACUUACGCUUCACCGGCCUACUACACCGAAGCCCCGAAAUAUUACUCUGCGCCAAGCUACACUACAACCGUGUCGUACUACACAACUACAGAGGCGCCCAAGUAUUACGUAGCUCCAACCUACUACACUGAAGCCGCCCCAUCUUACUACUCCGAGCCGACCUACUACACUGAAGCCCCGAAGUACUACGCUGCCCCAAGUUACUACACCACGGCUGCUCCUUCGUACUACGUCGAACCUAGCUACUACACCACAACUUAUGCUGCUCCGUCUUACUAUACUGAGGCUGCUGAAUACUACACAACUAAAGCCCCGGAGUACUACACAGAGAAAGCUGAAUACUACACCACCACUUACUCCGCUCCAGCUUAUUACACUGAGGCUCCACAAUACUACACAACAAAGGCACCCGAAUACACAACGUAUGGUGCCCCAAGCUACUACACCGAGGCCCCCAAGUACUACACCACCACUUACGCUGCUCCAGUUUACUACACUGAGGCUCCCAAAUAUUCGGCUCCACAAUACACUACAACGUAUGCUGCGCCAAGCUAUUAUACAGAAGCCCCGAAGUACUACACCACAACUUAUGCUGCUCCAUCUUACUACACUGAGGCUCCCCAAUAUUACACCACAAAGGCUGCUGAAUACUACACAACUAAAGCCCCGGAGUACUACACAAUGGAAGCUGAAUACUACACCACCACUUACGCUGCCCCUGUUUACUACACUGAGGUUCCUAAGUAUUACUCGGCUCCGAGCUACUACCAGACUGAGGCUCCUGAAUACUACACAACCAAGGCUCCUGAAUAUACUACAUCGUAUGCUGCACCAAGCUAUUAUACAGAGGCGCCCAAGUACUACACCACCACUUACGCUGCACCGGUUUACUACCCUGAGGCUCCCCAGUAUUACACGACAAAGGCUGCUGAAUACUACACGACUUCAGCCCCGGAGUAUUACACCAAGAAAGCUGAAUACUACACCACAACAUACGCUGCUCCAGCUUACUACACUGAGCCCCCAAGUAUUACCAGACCGAAGCUCCCGAAAUACUACACCACAAAGGCGCCAGAGUACUACACUACCACCUACGCCACUCCCAGUUACUACACCGAAGCUCCAGUCUACUACACAACAACUUAUGCAACCCCAUCAUACUACACUGAGGCUCCCAAAUACUACUAGCUGCUUCGUGGGUAUGAGUAAAUUAAUCUCUGGUACCUAAGUUAAAAAUCACAUAUGUAUGUUAGUCUUUAAAAAGCGGUUAAUCCCUUUGUCACAUUAUUCCACCACUAGUCAUUCCCAUGGAAUAUGGUUGCGAAAAAAUAUGCUCAAUAAAGUAUUUAUUCGGUUAGCAAAA